CGGAGCCCCUGGGUUCUAUGACCUACUUCAGUGGAGAAAGGCAAGGAGACCUUCCUGAACCUCCGGUUUUCUCAAGUUUCUUCAGCAUUCUCAAACACCUGCCACAUCAGAGUGCUGUAAUUUGGGGACAUGUGUUGUGAGUCCCAUCACUCAGAGUGUGCAGCCUUCAACCGUCCAUCAUUCCCAUGUGUCUUGGUCAUUUCUGCAGGACACACCUCUGUACAGAGAAGGAGCAAGUGAGGAGGAGGCCCAGGGAGGGGAAGAGAUGGAAAAUGGGUGAGGGGAUAAUUCCUGAUGACGUGGUGAUGUCCUGGGGUCACCUGCAGGACAGGGGAGAGUCAACCAGCUCCCGGCCUCAACUUUACUUGCCAGAGUUGGUUGAGAACAGAUUAAUUUCUGAACCCCUUGCAGACCUGCCGGCCAUAGGCCCGGAGCCCAGUCUAAAUGUGAACUUUGACCCGAGGAACAUGAAAUUAGCCUGGGAUUGCCAGGAGAACACCACCAGCAGCAAGUGCUUGCUACUUCCCAAUGAGGGGGAGCGUGUCGUGAAGAAGCCCAAGAAAGAGGAAUGUUGGUGCCGGUUUGAGGACACCUCCCUGCAUCAAGGUGUGCUUCUUGAAGUUCAAGUUGUUACCAGCAAAAGAUCGUUGCAAGAAAAACUGCACUAUACUAACCCAGGUGGGGAGGGCACAGCCGCCCAGAACUUUUCCUGUGUCAUCUACGAUGUAGAGUUCAUGAACUGCAGUUGGGCCAAGGGGCCUGCAGCCCCGCUGGACGUCCAGUAUUUUUUGUAUAUACGAGACUCAAAGAGAGAAAGGGAAAGAGAGUGUCCUGGGUACAUCCAAGACUCGGGAACACACGUCGGGUGUCACCUAAAAAACCUGUCGGGUCUUACUUUCUACAACUAUUUCCUCCUCAAUGGGACCAGCCACGUAGCAGGCAUCCAGUUCUUCGAUUCCGUUUUGUCGACGAAGAAGAUUGAGAGGUACAGCCCGCCGGCCAGCGUCACCAUACACUGCAAUGUGUCCCACUGCCUCGUGCGGUGGGAGGAGCCCCGGACCAGGCAGACCCUGUCCCACAGGGAUUUUCGGUACCAGCUGGACAUCCAGAGAAAGAACAUACCACCUGGGAGCAGAAAUUCACUGAUCAAUGUUUCUGGUGAUUUGGAAAAUAAAUACAGCUUCCCCAGUUCUGAGCCCAGGGCUAAGCACAUUGUUAAAGUGAGAGCUGCCAACGCAAGAAAUCCCCAGUGGAGUGCGUGGAGCCAGCCCGUCGAGUUCGGCUCUGAAGAUCCGGAACACAGUCUCCUGCACAUCUAUGUUCUGGUGGUUGUGGGGACCCUCGUCUGUGUUCUGCUCCUCACCUUCCUCUUUAAGAGGUUCCUCAGGACACACAGGCUGUUUGCCCCGAUUCCCAAGAUCAAGGAUAAAUGGAGCAGUAACCACCAGGUUACCUGGGAGGACCUCACGCCAGGCCCAGGGAAAACCAACGACGAGGAGGUCUUGACCGUGGAAGAAGUCACCGCACCCUCGAAGGGCGUGUGAAGUGCAUGGAUACGGGUCUCCUCUCCCAGGACAUUCUGGGAACUGACUGUUGGUACUAAUGUUGUGAACCUUCAUAGACUUGUCUAUAUUUUUUUAUUUACUUGUUAAACCCAUGUGGCAAACAGGCUUGCAUUCUGGGGAAGGGGCGUGCCCUCCCAGUCAAGUGGGAGUGUGCCCACAAAUCAUGACCUUUGUUGGAGUAUUCCUGGUGUGCAUCCUCCCUGUAGGCAGCUGGGGCUAUAGGCCAAGCAUUGACAUCUCCGUGUCUGCUCAUAUUUUUUCUUCCUUUCCUCAACCAGCUGGAGUCAAACUGUGCCUCAGCUUCCCGCCACCCUGUAACAGGUGACCACAGCCAAGUGGCUCGAAACACCAUGUGUUUCUUAUUGUACCAAGCCACAGGUUACACGUCUUACCCGGCUCUCCCUGGGCUGCACUCCAGAGGUCCACAGUCUGCUUCCUACGAGAGGUUCCCGGGCACGAUGCAUUUUGUCCUUUCUCCAGAUCCUAGAACACGCUGUGUCCUCUGGGUGGAGGCCUCUGCUCCCUCUGACUUCUGCUGCCGUCUUCACAUGCUGAUUCUGAACCUCCCCCUUAUGCAUACUUAGGACCCCAUGGAAGGCCCCCUGGAUAGCCCAGGAUCAGCUCCCCAACUUGUGUUGCUGGAUGAAUCACAUUUCUAAAGUCUUCUUUGUGUACCUGGUAACAGACUCACAGGAUCCAGCGUCAAGAGGACAUCUUUGGGGACACUAUUCUGUCUACCACAUGGGAUUAGGACGUGGACAUGUUUGGGGACUUUAUUCUGUCUACCACAUGGGAUGAGGACGUGGACAUCUCUGGGGACAUGAUUCUGUCUACCACAUGGGCUUAGGACGUGGACAUCUUUCUAUCACCUGUCCAUCUAUUUCUAUCUAUCCAUCCACCCAUCAUUAACACCUAUCUCUCUCUCUCUACAUAUAUGUAUCAGUCAUCUGUUAUCUGUCUGUUUAUAUAUCAAUCAUCCAUCCCAUAUUGAUGUCUCUAUCAUUUCUAUAUCUUUCUUUCUUUUUUGAGACAGGGUCUCACUUUAUUGCCCUCAGUAGAGUGCUGUGUCGUCACAGCUCACAGCAACCUCCAGCUCUUGGGCUUAGGCGAUUCUCUUGCCUCAGGCUCCCGAAUAGCUGGGACUACAGGCGCCCACCACAACGCCCGGCUAUUUUUUGUUGUUGUUGUUGCAGUUUGGCCAGGGCCGGGUUUGAACCCAUCAGCCUUGGUAUAUGGGGCCGGUGCCCUACUCACUGAGCCACAGGCACUGCCCUAUAUAUCUUCAUCUGUCUGUUCAUAUAUGCACCUAGAUUUUGAUAGGUAGAUGUCUAUAUUAACAGAUAAUAAAUAGAUAUAAAUAACCAACAUAACAAAUUGCAGUAGACACUCUUUCUAGAAAAUGGUAAGAAGCCAAUUCAUAUCUAAUCAAUACAAAAAAUUCCAAAAGAUGGCCGGGUGCAGUGGCUCACGCCUGUAAUGCUAGCACUCUGGGAGGCUGAAGCAGGUGGAUUGCCUAAGCUCAGGAGUUUGAGACCAGCCUGAGCAAGAGCAAGACCCAAUGUCUAAAAAUAGCCAAGUAUUGUGGUGAAUGCAUAUCAUCUCAGCUACUUGGGAGGCUGAGGCAGGAGGAUCACCUGAGCCCAAGAGUCUGAGGUUGCUGUGAGCUGUGAUGACUCCGCAGCACCUGGGCGACAGAGUGAGACCAUCUCAAAAAAAAAAAAAAAAGAUGCCAGUUAUGUGUUGAAUUGUGUCUUCCAACCCAGAAGAAGGGACACAUUCCAUUUCUAACCUCUGGUGUGUGUGAAUGUGAUGUUAUUUUAUUUUUUUCCUUUGUGGUUUUUGGCCGGGGCUGGGUCUGAACCCGCCACCUCCAGUAUAUGGGGCUGCGCCCUACUCCUUUGAGCCACAGGCGCCGCCCUGUGAUGUUAUUUUUAAAUAUGGGCUUUGCAGAUGUGGUCAUGUCAAAGUGAGUCUGUCAGUGUGGUCUCUAAUGCAAUACAACUAGCACCCUUACAAAAAGGAGAAAUUUCAGGCAAGACACAGUGGCUCAACGCCUGUAAUCUUAGCACUCUGGGAGACCAGCGUAGGAGGAUCCCUCGGGCUCAGGAGUUUGAGAUGAGUCUGAGCAACAGCAAAACCCAUCUCCAGUAAAAAUAGAAAAACUAGCCGGGCGUGCUGGUGGGUACCUGUAAUCCCAGUUACUUAGGAGGCUGAGGCAGGAGGAUUGCUUGACCCCAGGAGUUUGAGCUUGCUGUGACGCCAUGGUACUCUACUCAGGGUGACAGAGUGAGACUUUGUCCCCCGCCCCCCCCGCAAAAAGGCAAGAAACUUGGGCUGGGAAACACACACAUAUCAGAAAGACACCAUGUGAAAAUGGCCAGAGGAUGAUAAAGGCAGAGAUUGGAGUGAUGUGGUGGAAGGCAGGCAAUGAGGAUUGGAAGUCACCAGGAGCAGAGGAGGUGGGAAAAAAUCCCCACUUCACCUUCAGAGCUUCCUGAGAGAGUGAGACCCUGCCCACCCCUCAGUUUCAGACAUCUGGCCUCCAGGACUGUGAGGAGGACAAACUUCUCACCUAAAUUCCCCCCCUGGCAGGCUGGAAACUCAAGCAAGAGCUGAUGCAGCUGCAGCCUUGAGUCAGGAACAUCUUUUUUCUCCGAGGAACCUUCCUUUUUUCUCUUCACCUCGUCAGCUGAUUGGGUGAGGCCCACCCACCUUCUUGGGGUUGAGGGGGAUAAUCUUUACUGAGAGCCAGCCAACUGGGGGCUUCCGUCAUGCCUACAAAACUCCUCCUCAUGGGGCAGCACCUGUGGCUCAAAGGAGUAGGGUGCCGGCCCCAUAUGCUGGAGAUGGCAGGUUCAAACCCAGCCCCAGCCAAAAACUGCAAAGAACAAAACAACAACAACAAAGAAACCCUCCUGAUCAACAAGAGAUUGGAGGCAUCACUGGAGUGUCUAGCCUAGCUGUGUGGACGCCUAGAACGGACCACCACAGAAAUACUUGGAAUAGGGAUGUAUUUCAACUUGUCCUAAAACAGGGGCUUCUGGCAACCUGCCAACCUGCCUUCCAGCGUCUCAUCCUCAUUCUGGACACACAUUUCCCCCAAGGAUAGUGCUCUUAUGACGGAUUCCUCUGCAUUCACUCCUGCCUCUCGGAUCAGGCAGGUCCCAGGAUACUGCCUUAUUUCUACCACUUGCUCCUAAAAUAAUUUAAGGGAGCAGAUCAUAUAUUCUGGACCUGAUGUGAUCUCCCAACGGCUUCCAUGACUUUGCAGGUGGGGUGUAACCCUCCAUGCGACUCACUAGAAAACAAAAAAUGUCCUGAUUUGUAAGCCGUGGCCAAUUCCCAUGGUGUAAAUAUCCCUGUCACAGCCAACUUCAACCUCCGAUGGUUUAAUUCAUUAACCACAGCUCCCCAACUGCCUGGACAUCUAAAGAUUGGUCGCCCACGGCCUGGGGGCUCUAGCUGUCUCCAGCUACAGAGGUUUCCAAUAAGGACUUCAACUUCAACCUCCAAUGGCUUAAUUCAUCAACCACAACUCCCCAACUGCCUGGACAUCUAAAGAUUGGUCCCUAGGGCCUGGGGGCUCCAGCUGUCUCCACCUCCCAUAAGGACUUUCUGCCCCCACCACAGACUCAAAGCCCUGUUAUCACGGAUUUGUGAAUUUCUGGAGAGUUUUGCCCAAUAAUGACCAGAGAGCUCUGAGUUUCCGUGGGAACAUGAGAACAGGACAGUGAGCUGUGUCAGGCAGGAUGUCUGGUUGUGGUGUUGACCCUUGUGUAAUUCCAGGGUUAGUUGAACUCCAGGGUCCUUCUGCCUCAGUCUGGCUUCUUUCUGGCUCCUGCAGUGGGAAAAGUCAGGCUUAUCUGAGAAAUCAUGUGGAAACCAAGACGUCUCUGCGCUUUCUGGGAUCUGCCCGGGGUGGUCACCUUUGGUGCUUGAAAUCCCUGCAUUGUGGGUCAUUUCCUUAGACCAAGAACUGUCCUUACAGGACUGAGGAGCUGACAUGCCUUCCUAGACACCCAGAUCUGUACCCACCAGAAGUCUGGAGUGGAAGACAGGGUCCCCAUGUGGCAAAGAUCAUGCCUGGUGGUGUGAGGGGCUCAUGCAACAGUGACCAGGAGAAGAAACCCAGACCAAACCCAGACCUCUCCACUUUAAAACUGCGCCCUGUUUUGGACAGAUGGACAGAUGGGGGAAGAAAAUUCUACAAACAACAGCAACAAAAAUAGAACACUUUUAGUAAUGGCUGUCCAGCAGGAAACAGUGGGAACUGGGUGAUCCAAAUAAGAUUGUGAAAUAAGAAUGUGUAAUUUUUAGUGUUCCCACUUUCUAUUCCUUUUUUUGUUCUCCAUUCCACCUCCAAUUCCCCCCUCCUGUCAGUCACUUCACCUCUUUUAAAUAAAGACGUUUUGUACUUAUGAGCCUGCAUCAGUCAUUAUCACUUUAGUAUGAAUUUGCAGCAAUCCUCCCAGAUGCAUGCUUCAGUAUAAGCAUUGAAGGUUUUUGUUCCUUGUUAAAUGAAUUUAAGCCCAGAGGGGAAGAAUGCUGCAGAUGAUUUUUUUGUUCAGCAGACAUGUUCAGUGGCUCUGAGACAACCCCACUCGAAAUCGAGAGCCUACAUACCUUAAUUUCUGUUUCUGCGGAUUGGAUCUUUACAGAACCUGCUCUCUGGGUCUAUAAA